GAAAUCCGUGAGUGCUGACCGCGAUGACUCUUGAUGAUGUCAGAGACUGUGCGCCGGAGACGUCAGAUCUGCUACAGACACAACAGCCCUCGAGUACACGAAAAAAGCAAAGCGCAAAAAUGGACAGCGAUGAUGACGACAUGAAAGAAGUGGUGGAAGGGCCACUGGAUGAGGACGACCAGCCUCACGGUUUCUGUACUGUAACCUACUCAUCCAGCGACAGAUUUGAGGGACUCUUUGUUCACGGGGAGAAGAAUGGAAAAGGCAAAUUCUUCUUUUUUGAUGGGAGUACGCUGGAGGGUUUCUAUGUGGACGAUGCUUUGCAGGGCCAGGCUAUUUACACAUAUGAGGAAGGAGGUGCUUUACAUGGGACUUAUGUAGACGGCGAGCUCAAUGGACCUGCUCAGGAGUUUGAUGUAGAUGGUCAUCUUGUCUUUAGAGGCCAGUACAAGGAUAACAUCCGCUGUGGCAUGUGCUGGACCUACUAUCCGGAUGGUGGCUUUGUGGUGGGGGAGGUGAAUGAGGAUGGAGAGAUGACCGGAAAUGCUGGGGCCUAUCUCUACCCUGAUGGGUCUACUGCACUAUAUGGCACCUUCGUAGAUGGAGAACUCAUUGAGGCUCGACUUGCCACUCUUACCAUGCAAGAGAGCGGCAGACCACACUUCACUGUUAAUCCAGACAGUACUGUUUAUUGCUAUGAUAAAUCUACUUCUUUCUGUAUCGCUGGUCAUAAACUGUUCCCUGACCCCUACGAAAGUCAACGUGUUUAUGUAGGACAGUCACUUAUCUCUGGAGCUGGAGAAGGACUGUUUGCAAAAACUGAAGCCUAGGCCAACACUGUGAUGGCUUUUUAUAAUGGCGUCCGCAUCACACAUUCAGAGGUGGACAGUCGUGACUGGUCUCUGAAUGGGAACACCAUUUCAUUUGAUGACGAUACAGUGAUUGAUGUUCCUGAACCUUUCAAUCUGACUGAGAAUUAUUGCGCAUCUCUGGGCCACAAGGCUAAUCACUCCUUCACCCCCAACUGCAAAUAUGACCCGUUCAUCCACCCUCGUUUUGGGCAAAUAAAAUGCAUCCGAACAAUCUGUGCUAUACAGAAGGAUGAGGAACUCACUGUUGCUUAUGGUUAUGACCAUGAACCAUCGGGAAAAUCUGGUCCAGAGGCACCCGAAUGGUACACAAAGCAGUUGCAGGAGUUUCAGCAGAGAGAAUCAGGAAAAGAGGCUAAAGAAACCUGCUAAGAUCCUUCUCACCGCCAAAACAUCAUCCCUUCCAACCUGCACUUCGAUCAGAGACUAAUUCUAUCCUUUGACUUUCUAAUAGUGUGCAAACACUAACAAAUAAUUACUUUUUUAGGUAUUCUGGUACAAUUUCCUCUUUCUGAAUAUAUCCUGGUCUGUUUACAAAGAUUGUAACUGUGAAAAUACCCACUCAGAUCAUUGAGUAAGCUGCAAAAUUCUAUGGUUCUACACUGUGGAAGGACUAGUAUGUGUUGUAUUGGUGAAUAUUAAUUGGAAAUGGGCAAGUGAUUGAUAAGGCAUUUUGCUGUGGAGUGGGGUUAUUUUAAAGAUUACUGUAACUAUUCCUUGGGAUGUUCCACCUCUUUACCACAACUUGUGAUAACUAUGCAGUAUUAAACCAGUGUCUUUUGCUGCUCUUCUGUUGUGUUCUCCUAAAUUAAAAACAUUUAGACUUUUAUAUAUAUUAAGCUGUUUGUAACACCAAUAAUUACACAUGUAAACAAAUGUUUCCUGUCAUUUGUUGUGGCCUAUACAAACACUGUCUCUAGUGGUCUUGAAUUUCAUCAUAUUCCUGGCAGUACAAUAUUUAUGUAACUUUUGUGUUUCUCCAUGCCAAGAGUGUAAUGUAAGAUCUACACCACUAAAAGAAAGUUUAAGUAAGGUGUACUUGUGAGUAAAUAGAAGGGCUCUGAGAACAAGGCACAAGGUUAAGAGAAAUAUUUAUACUGAAGUGAUAGUGUAAAAGGUUUUGAUAUGCAAUAACUAUCAGCAAAGAUUUAUCAAUAAAUACAGCACAA